AUGAAACUCUUACAUUUAGAAGAAGAGUUUAAUAUAUCGGUUGAUACCUUCUUUGCAUUCUUUUUUGAAGGUUCAGGUUUUAAACAAAGAUAUCAUACCUCUAGAGGAGAUACAGCAAUUGAAGUUAAACCAUGGACACCAUUGACAACAGGAGGAUACACAAGAGAAGUUUGUUUCUGUUCAUUCAUAUCAAACAAUCCAGUCAUCAACAGGUUGGUUGGUGAUAAAGCAAAAGUUAGAGAAGUACAAAAAUACAUAUUUCAAGGUGAAAGCAUAUUAAAUGUAUCGUCUGAAACAUUCUUUGAAGGAUCAUCAAUUGGAAAGAGUUUUCAAGCAGAGACGGAAUGGAAUGUUAUACCAUCGACAACAAAGUCUACUGGAUGUAGAGUGACCAUCGAUGUAAAGAAUAAUUAUAAUGGAACCAUGUUUAAGAGUGUGUUGGAGAAUUGGGUGCACGAGACUACUGAAGCAUCGUUUAAGCAAUGGCUCAGUCUAGUAGGUCAACAAGUCGAAGAGUAUGAGCAAAGCGAGAAGCUCAAGCGUGCUGCUCCAACCCCAGUCAAACAACCACAACCACAACCACAACAACAACAAACUGUUGCCACACCAAUGGUUUCUUCUUCUGCUGCUGCUGCUUCUGGUGUCGCUGUUGCUACCCCACAACCAACAAUGAAUGGUAAACACAGCAACAAACGUCGUGGUGGUAAUCAUAACCAAGACCCAGAUGGAUUUGAUGUUGUAUCACCAUCACCAGUUCAAAAGAAAAUGAUAAACAUUGUAGAUGAAAAUCAUGGAAAUAACUUAAAGAAUCAUCUCAAUCAUCUUCACAAUCACAACCACAACCAUAACCACAGAAACAAUAACAUCAAUGGAGGAUGGGGAGAUAGUGACUCUGAAGACAAUAAUAGCGAUGAUGAUAAUAUGUCGGAAUUCUCUAAUCCACCAGCCAUCAAUGAAGACUUUUUAAAUGAAGCAAGCGAAUAUGACUAUGAAGACGAGUUAGAGGGUGAGAGUGGAGAAGACCAGUUCUUUGACUCGAAUGAUCAACUCCAACACAAUGGCGACUUGAAAAAUUAUAUGGUGCAAUUGGUCAAUGAACUCAACUCGAUGAAGAGUAUUGUCGAGGUGAACCAUACUAGAUUACUUGGCUUGGAAACAGCCUUUUCACAACUCCAAUUGUCGCGAGCUACCUCUUCCUCUUCCAACACCACCACCACCUCCACAUCUUCACCAUCUGUCAAUGGCAAGUCGUCUUCCUCUCCAACAACAGCAGCUGCAGACAACCAUACCCAUCAAUUAUCACAUACCUCUUCGGCAAUGAUCAACGGUAUCAAGUUAUCAUCAUAUGUUGCCAACCUCGAGGAAUUGGUCAAGAACCAUCAAGAAGAAGAAUACAAAUCAAAGGAACACCAAAAACAACUCGAGGCAAAGGCCAAGGAACUAGAAGAGCGUUUGAACCAAUUACACAAUUCGAGCAAGCGUAUGUCAUGGUUCAGUGCCUUUUCAGUCUUGUUCCUCGUUGUUGGAUGGCCAGUUAUUGAAAAGAAACAUAAUUAA